GGCAGGCAUCCCCCCCGCAGCAAUACAAGAAGCAGUACCGCGCUCAGUGAGUGCUGAUUGGCGGAGUAGGCGGCGGCGAGGUCACGUGAUCCUCCCCGGGCCCGCGGGAUCUGGUGGACGCCAAGUGAAAAUGGCGUUGCUGUCGGCUGCGAUGAGGCUGCCGAGACUGCCUGUUGUUGUUGCUACGGUUGCCUUCCAACGUGCGCUGGCCACAACAGCUGGUGUGGCAGUGGCACAAUCUCUGCCUGAGCAUGUGAAAAUUGUUGAAGUUGGACCCAGAGAUGGACUGCAGAAUGAAAAGGUCAUUGUUCCGGCUGAUGUGAAAAUUCAAUUAAUUAACCUUCUCUCAGAGGCUGGAUUGUCUGUUGUGGAAGCAACAAGCUUUGUCUCCCCAAAAUGGGUUCCUCAGAUGGCAGAUCAGCAGCAAGUGAUGGAAGGAAUCCGAAAAUAUCCAAAUGUGAGCUACCCAGUGUUGACUCCAAACCUAAAAGGAUUUGAGACUGCACUGAAAGCAGGUGCAAGAGAGGUAGCCAUCUUUGGAGCAGCCUCAGAAAUGUUCAGUAAAAGAAAUAUUAAUUGUUCAAUUGAUGAGAGUCUACAGCGGUUUGAAGAGGUGAUGAAAGCAGCAAAGGAUGCAAGUGUUCCAGUCCGAGGAUACGUAUCCUGUGUUCUUGGCUGUCCUUAUGAAGGGAAUGUUUCCCCUGUUAAAGUUGCAGAGGUGGCCAAGAAGCUUUAUUCCAUGGGCUGCUAUGAGAUAUCCCUGGGAGAUACCAUUGGUGUAGGAACACCAGGCAGCAUGCACAAAAUGCUGUCAGCUGUAAUAAAGGAGGUUCCAGUCAGUGCAUUGGCUGUACACUGUCAUGAUACAUAUGGUCAGGCUCUUGUCAACAUCUUUGCAGCAUUACAGAUGGGAAUCUGUACGGUGGAUUCGUCAGUGGCUGGCUUGGGUGGUUGUCCUUAUGCAGCUGGUGCAUCUGGAAAUGUGGCAACUGAGGAUGUAGUCUACAUGAUGAAUGGGCUGGGAAUUCACACAGGGGUGGAUCUGCAGAAGUUAAUGGAGGCUGGUGCAUUCAUCUGCAAUGCUUUGAAGAGGAAAACCAGCUCCAAAGUUGCUCAAGCAUCUUGCAAGUUAUAAUGAUCAGUAAAUAAUAAACACAAGCUGGACGAACAUACACCAUAAAAAUGUUCCGGUGCACAAGGGUCUAGCUGUCCCCAAGGCUAAAACAAAACUAUGGCAGUGUAUCUUCUGUGUCUAAGUUUGAAUCGCAUUCGAAAUAGAAGAGCAAGUGAGAAUUUUGACAACUGCCUAUUUACCCUCUGAAUGCUGACAAACCCUUCAAAAUACACAAACAUUUAUUUGCAUAAUAUUGGGAGAAAGUUCUCUGUAAAUCACAAUUAAUAUUAAAAAUUAAAGAAGCAGGAAACAGGAACUUUUCAUAACUUUUUAAGUUAUUCUUCCAUUAUAUGCCAUUGAAAUGUUUUAGAGGAAGAUUUGCUCUUCAUUGAAUAUAAUCCCAAACAUGUUUUUUAUAUAUAUAUGUAUACUCUUAGGCUAGAUUUUUAAAAAAAUACACUUUUUCAUACGAUUUAAUGAAAAGGUAUGUCUUGGUGCAGGUAUCAUCCAGAAAUUGCAGCUGUUUGCUGUUGCAUAGAUUUGCUGAUUAGUACCGAGAGUUGUUCCAUCUGUAUUACAGGUAUCACGGCCCGUUUAUCUUCUACAGUUAGGAAGGUAGUUAACUCCUGUGCUUGUGCAUUGCUGACAAUGCUGCUUCAAAGGUUUUAAAAAGUCAAAAAAUCUGCAUCAUAUGCUGAUGGAUAUAAAAAUUGAGGAUAGAGACUAUGAAAAUUCUUGACAAAGCUGUUUUGUUUAGUCAUUUUUUAAAACUGAGAAUACAUGAUUUUUGUGUAUUAUAUUUAUAGUAAUAUUAGUUAAAUCAACUUAAUCUUGCAGAAAUAGUAUUUUUCAAUUUGCAGAAUUUUUGAUAGGUCAUUUUCCAUUUUGCCAUUAUGUUUUUACCAUCAAUUAAAUUUGUUUCAAGCCAUCCAUGCCCAUCCAAACUUUCUGCCUUAAAAGGUUAAGCCAUAGAUGUCCUACUUCCUUCUAUGAGGCUGUAAUUUGGUCAUUGCAAUCAUCUUUUGUAAAGAAAAUGUGUGUUGAUUUUGCAUGUUACUGUGCAUUCCGUAUAUACUGUGUAAACUUUUAAAAUGUUAAAUUCAAUUUAAUAUUGGUAUCUAUUAAUAAUUAUGUGUAUAUAAUUCUCAAAAUUAAAAAAUAAUCCUUUUAAGGAAGGAAACCUGCCAUUAUUGACUGACUGGUCUGUUAAUGACUGCAGUUCCAUAUUAACAGGGUGAUUUUUUUUAACCUCCCUUUUGAGGUGAUUUACCAAGCCACCCUCGUGUAUCAAACUGCCACUGCAUAAUGUAGGUGGAUUGUCUCAGGGAUAUUAAGAUGGGCAAUAAAAAUGGCCUUGCCAGCAAAUCACAUACUGAGAAUGAACUUUAAUGAAAAAAUUUAAUUUAAUAAAUGAACUGCUAAGUGUCAAAUUUCUAAUUGUAAUUGUCCAUACAUGUACAGACUGGUUGGAAAUUAUAAUGUACAUAAUCUUGAUGUCUGACCUACAGGUUGUAUUGAAUUAAAACAAUGUAAAUACA